GGAUCCGGCUUUAGCCAGCCUACGAAAGCGUUGUUCGAUUUAAUAUCCCAGUUUAUGUCUGAGGCAUGUACUAGAAUCUUUUGGGAGUUGUACCUACCGGUAAAGAGGAGUUUUAACAACAUUUCGUAGAUCUCAAGGAGCUUAAAUUUACGGCACAGCCCUCUCUCACGGACUCAAGUGAACAUUAGGAGUGAUGGCUGCAAGUAUUUCAUCUAAAAAUGAAAAACGCACAUCUGCGUUUGACGAUAUUUUUAAACAUGUUUCACCUUUUGGAAAAUACCAGCAAGUCUUGUACUUCACUUCGUAUUUGCUGGCUUUUCCCCUGAUAAGUCAGUUUUUCUUACUGGUAUUUGGUUUUGGUACCCCUGGCUUCCACUGUGUCACGCCAAAUGUCACGUGUGAUCGAAAAAAAUGUUGUGACGAUUGUACGUCAUACGAGUUCGACGGACCGUUUCAUAGCAUUGUGUCAGAGUGGAACCUAAUUUGUGACCGCGCAUUCCUGGGCGCUACUAUUCAGUCUUGUUACUUCGCUGGAAUGUUGGUUGGUUCAAUUGUGACCGGGAUAUUAUCCGACGCCUGGGGCCGAAAGAAAUGCAUAUUUAUCUGCAAUGCCAUAAUGCUUGUAACAGGAUUCGGUUCAGCGUUUGUUCAUUCCACCCCUUUGUUUGCGGUUCUUCGGUUCCUGGUUGGUUUUGGGCUCACCGGAGUUAUGCUGGCACAUUAUAUUUACGUCAUGGAAUUAGUUGGUCCCAGCAAAAGAACAGCUGUUGCCAAUAUGGGUCUGUUCCUUGUCAGUGGCUUUCAAAUGUUAUUUCUCCUUAUCGCUUAUUUUGAACGUGAUUGGAGAAAUCUAACAAUGAUUGUUACUCUCCCAGCGGUAUUGCUGUUCCCGUUUUGGAAAUUUUUUCCACAAUCCCCACGAUGGCUCAUUGCUCACGAUCGCUUGGACGAGGCUCAAACUGUCAUUGAGCGUUUUGGAGGCAAGAAGGGCAAACCUGUAAACUCAGAGGAGUUAAGGGCGCUCUUGGAGAAAGUGAGGAAAGACCAGUUAGAACGAGAACGAGAAGCUAAAAAAUACACACCGAUCGACAUGUUUCGCACGCCAAAGCUGAGAAAAUGGACGAUAAUCAUCUGCUAUCAAUGGUUUGUUGUGGCGUUGGUCGGUUUCGGGAUUUUUUUAUUCAUCUCUCAGCUGGUUGGCAACCUUUACGUUAAUUAUACCAUUAUGAACGUUAUUACAACUCUUAAGAUACCUCUCACGUGGAUCCUAUACCUAAGAUUUGGUCGCCGUAUUUGCCAUGCUAUUAUCAUGAUCUUGGUCGGGAUCACAUUUUUAAUGUUUCUACUGGUGUACAAAGAAUCUCCAGAGGCAACCACAGCACUGUCUCUCUGUGGAUACCUCAUGAUAGACUGCAGUUGGACGAGUGUUUAUCUGGUGACCUCUGAACUCUUUCCAACAGUGCUGAGGAACACAGCUCAAGGAACAGGAUCUACAACUGCUCGGAUUGGCGGAAUCUUAGCUCCAUUUGUGGCCUUGACGGCUCAAUUACCAGGUCUCAGCAUUGCGUUUCCAGUGGUCAUUUUUGCUGUGGUCGCAGCCCUUGCUGGGAUAUUGAUGUACUGGAUUCCAGAGACGGUCUUCUCACCAAUGCACCAAACCAUCGAGGAAACAGAAGUGGCUGAAGAUUAUUAUGGGAUACCUUGUUGUGGCAAAAAGCCCCAGUCUCCUAGGCCUAAAUCACGCCAAGUAAUUUGGCUUUAAAAUAAGGAUAGAAGUAACCGUCGCUAGUGCUGAAUGCAUUCCAAAGUCCCUUUACCUACCGUUCUUGAGUUAUUGUAAUUAAUCUACCACGAGACUUUUCUUUUCAUAGCAUUGCUAGUCAAAAAAGGCGCCAUCUAUGCUGACUUGUGAGCAGGCAUCAAACAAAUCCAGGAAAUAGUAGUAUAUUAAAUAAAGGCCGGCCCCUAAGAAUGGUCAUUUUAAAGAUUUUGAUUUAAGAAGCGACGAAGAAAUUAAAAGUGUAAAUAUUAGCUCAUAUUGUUUUGUAAGUGGCUGUAGCAUUGUAACUUAACAUCACUGCCACACUCGCUUAGCGGCUCGGGAGCCACGUUUUUUGUUCUUACCACAUUUUCACGUCAUCUGCGAUCUAUUACUGGACAGACGCACGGCAAUAAGGAAUCUCUCUGCUUUGUAUACUGAUAGAACCAAAAUAUCGGUUACUGAUGACGUCAUCUAUUCGUCUGUCCUCCUAUAGUAAUCUCGUUCCCAGAUCUCUUGUGGACGAAGCCGAAUGCGAGAUCUGGCCAAAUCCGAUUUGCACCUACGUGAUCGCCUGCCAGGAAUGUGACAGGCGAGGCAAGAGCUCAUGCCCAAAAUAAAUUCCCAAGAUCGCGGAACAGAACGACUCAGAAGACUGACUCAGGCGCGUAGAAUUUAUAGGUUAAGCAACGUUGCAGCAUUUUUAUGUUAGCUUAGGGCCAGGUAGAGAGUUAGAGUUUGUUUCGCGGGUUAAAGUUAGCUAGCAAAUAUUGUUAGCAGCAUCCUUGCUCGUCACUGUGGACGUUGUCCAUGGACAUGGCGGACAUGUCAAAUAUUGAAUUUGACCGCGCAUUGAAGUUUUCCUUGACUGAACGCGCACCGCCUGAUUUACAGUUAGUUAAAAACUAAACAACUAAAGGCUUUGAGAGCAGUGGUGCAGCAAAAGAGAGAUGUGCUAGCCGUCCUGCCAACAGGAUAUGGCAAGUCUUUAAUAUAUCAACUUCUGCCGAGUAUGUUUAACUUUUUUUUUUGUAUAGUGGAAAGUAAUGCUCGAUUGCAGUUAUUGUGUCACCAUUGAUCGCUUUGAUGAUGGACCAAGUUGAGAAAAUUAAGAAGCAAGGACAGUUAGCAGCAAUUAUCCAGGCUAAAUGUUCUGAAGCGUACAAAGAGACAGGGAUCGAAGUCCAAGGUGA